GAUGUAUGCAAAGGGACUUUGGGCACAGCAGAUUUGCACUCGUUGACGUGGCGCCUGCCAGAAGAGGAAGGACACGCUCGUCAUUUCAGUAUGGCCCCGCAACAAGUCACAGGCCAAGAGAAUCUGCUCCCGCAACAUGGGGGUAACCAGCGCGCCAAGCAGGGAAUCAUUACCUCGUUCCGGACGGCCACCGGAAACUUCCCACAAGACGACGGAACUUGCGAGUCGCAAGCAAGAGAGGAUUUCAACCUUAGCAAAUAAAUCAGGAAUAAAUAUUUAGAAUUAGUAGAAAUUACAAAUCGCAAUCAGAUCGCUCGCUCUCUCUUUCUCUCUACUCUUUGAGAGCUUUGGAGGCGUAUUGCAAUUUAUAGAGAAAUAGAGGAGAGAGAAACCCUAGAGAGAGAGAGAGAGAGAGAGAGAGAGAGAGAGAGAGACCGAUGGGGGUUUCGGAGAAUACAAAGGGGUUGAUACUGGCGAUGGCGUCGAGCGCCUUCAUCGGGGCGAGCUUCAUCCUGAAGAAGAAGGGUCUCAAGAGCGCCGCCGCCGCCGGCACCCGAGCAGGAGUUGGUGGGUAUACAUACUUACUAGAACCUCUCUGGUGGGCUGGCAUGAUCACCAUGAUUGUUGGGGAAGUUGCCAAUUUCGUGGCUUAUGUAUAUGCUCCGGCGGUUCUUGUAACACCACUUGGUGCACUGAGUAUAAUCGUCAGUGCUGUUUUGGCUCACUUCUUGUUGAAGGAACGAAUAACGAAAAUGGGUAUUGUGGGAUGUCUUACCUGCAUCGUGGGAUCAGUUGUGAUUGUGAUCCAUGCACCUCGGGAGCAUAGUCUAAAUUCUGUAGAGGAAAUCUGGGUCCUGGCGACCCAAACAGCCUUUCUGAUUUAUGUUGCAGUUACAAUUACCCUAGUGUUAGUUUUGGUCUUGCAUUUUGAACCUCAGUAUGGACAAACGAACAUACUAGUCUAUUUGGGAAUCUGUUCCUUGAUGGGUUCACUUACGGUUGUAAGCAUAAAGGCAAUUGGAAUUGCUAUAAAGCUGACCCUUGAGGGAGUAAGUCAGAUAGCUUAUCCACAGACAUGGUUUUUUCUGACAGUUGCAAUAAUCUGCGUUGUUACACAGUUAAAUUACCUUAACAAGGCUUUGGAUACAUUCAAUGCUGCAAUUGUUGCCCCAGUAUAUUAUGUGAUGUUCACAACUCUGACCAUAAUUGCUAGUGUAAUAAUGUUCAAGGAUUGGUCUGGCCAGAAUGUAAGCAGCAUAGCCUCUGAAAUAUGUGGAUUCAUCACUGUGCUGUCAGGAACCAUCAUACUCCAUGCAACAAGAGAUCAGGAACCACCUGCUCCACAACCACAAGGAACUGUAACAUGGUACAUUAGAGGAGAUUCAGUGAAGAGUUCUGAAGAUGAACGUUUGCUCACUUUACAGAAUUCAGAUUAUCCUGAACCGUGAUACCAAUUAAUCUGCAACAAUCAUCUUGAAGAAUGCAAUCCCAAGCAAUGAAGCUGUGCUGCAACUAUCAUUUUGAUAGGAGUGAGUCUGUGGGCAUCCAGCACAUUGCUAACCAUUUUACCCUUACUCUUCUAAACAAACAUUGCACUCCCAUCCACCGUCCCCAUUCGUCCCCUUCCCUCCAUCCCAUCGCUGGCCUGUUUUAUAAUUUCUUUUCUUUAGCAUGUGUUGGGUGCCAAUAGAACCACCCUUUAAAGAGUGUUUGCAGAUGGGGAGCUCAUGGUUUCUUCUAGGCAGAUAUUGGAGCUAUUAGCAGAUUGCGGAGUUAAUUUUAUGUGCUUCAUCGGCCAGCAGAUGAGGCUCUCAGUGAGGUGUGUUUGUGGCACCCCUCUGAAUGCUAAGUCCUGAAUCCUCCUCCGUCAGGAGUGGGGUUACAGUUCUGUAUCAAUACCAGGGAAUAGAGAGACCUGUGAUACUGGCAAUGUCCAAUCUCUCACGACGGGCUAAUGGCAUCUGUACAUAAUGAUGCUCAGCUUCUCAUUCACUAGUUUCGUUCAUGAUCCUCGUUCAUGUCCGAAUGAGUUUGAUUGUUUCCUCUCUUUCUAGUGUGUAUGUCAUACCGGCAUUGAUAGAUUAUAGAAUAGAGCUAUAGACAGAGUUACGUUUUAACGGGCAAAUACUACAUGGAAUAUGUAAAUCUUGUAUAAACUCUUCAAUUUUGGGUUCUCUUGUCAAUGAGUUUACCUUUUUUCUGAAAGAAAAAAAAGACAUGGAUGGCUUCACUCACAAAUGUGAAAUGUCCAUUUACAUGUAUCCGAA